CUACCCUUACACCCAUCGAUUCUCAGACAAUAAGCGAAAACACCUUCGUUUUUCACACACAAUUUUAGGGCGUAUCAGUCGCCAUUGUCAUCCCCCUCGUCACUAUACAUACAUCUCUAUACAAACCACCGUUGAUCGGACGGCCAUCACCACCGGUACCAUGACUCUCGUCACUCCACAGCCACUCGAUCAGGAAGAUGAGGAAAUGCUUGUGCCGCACUCGGAGAUACUGGAAGGACCUCUACCGGUGCAAGGUCCUGUUGCUUUUGAUGGUACACCGCCUGUUGAAGCGCCUCAGCCGAUGGAAGUUGUUGCUAGCACAGUAGAGAAUCAAGCAAUUGAGGAGCCUCAGGUGUCUAGGUUUACAUGGGCUAUUCAGAAUUUCUCUCGUCAGACCAACAAAAAGCUUUAUUCUGACGUCUUUGUAGUCGGUGGAUAUAAAUGGCGGGUGCUUAUAUUUCCAAAGGGAAACAAUGUAGAUCAUUUGUCUAUGUACUUAGAUGUAGCUGAUUCCUCAUCAUUGCCAUAUGGUUGGAGUAGACACGCACAAUUCAACUUGGCUGUUGUUAAUCAAAUUCACAGCAAGUUCACCGUAAAGAAAGACACACAACACCAGUUCCAUGCAAGGGAGAGUGAUUGGGGGUUCACAUCCUUCAUGCCUCUUAGCGAUCUAUACGACCCAGGUAGAGGGUAUCUUGUAAACGAUACAUGCAUUAUCGAAGCUGAGGUGGCUGUGAAAAAAGUGAUCGACUAUUGGACAUACGACUCAAAGAAGGAAACCGGUUAUGUCGGUCUUAAGAACCAAGGCGCAACAUGUUACAUGAACUCUCUCCUUCAAACCUUGUACCAUAUCCCGUACUUUAGAAAGGCUGUCUACCAUAUGCCAACAACAGAAAAUGAUAUGCCCUCGGGGAGUAUUCCUCUGGCUCUUCAGAGCUUGUUCUAUAAGCUCCAAUACAACGAAACCAGUGUUGCCACGAAAGAGCUGACAAAAUCUUUUGGAUGGGACACGUAUGACUCUUUUAUGCAGCAUGAUGUGCAAGAACUUAAUAGGGUUUUGUGUGAGAAGCUUGAAGACAAGAUGAAGGGAACAGUUGUGGAAGGGACAAUACAGAAGUUAUUUGAAGGACACCAUAUGAACUACAUUGAGUGUGUCAAUGUGGACUUCAAGUCGACGAGAAAAGAAUCAUUUUACGAUCUUCAACUUGAUGUGAAAGGCUGUCGGGAUGUUUAUGCUUCUUUUGACAAAUAUGUUGAAGUGGAACGGCUUGAGGGUGACAAUAAGUACCAUGCUGAAGCACAUGGGUUACAGGAUGCUAAGAAGGGUGUGCUGUUUAUUGAUUUCCCACCUGUUCUUCAACUUCAACUAAAACGUUUCGAAUAUGAUUUCACAAGGGAUACGAUGGUAAAGAUAAAUGAUCGGUAUGAAUUUCCGUUAGAGCUUGACCUUGACAGGGAGAACGGCAAAUAUUUAUCUCCUGAUGCAGAUAAGAGUGUCCGGAAUCUCUAUACACUUCACAGUGUAUUGGUUCAUAGUGGUGGUGUGCAUGGUGGACAUUAUUAUGCAUAUAUCAGGCCCAUUCUGUCAGACAACUGGUUCAAGUUUGAUGACGAAAGAGUUACUAAAGAAGAUAUUAAGAGAGCAUUAGAAGAGCAGUAUGGUGGUGAGGAAGAGCUACCCCAAACAAAUCCUGGCUACAAUAACGCUCCGUUUAAAUUUACAAAAUACUCGAACGCGUACAUGCUUGUCUACAUACGGGAAAGCGAUAAAGAUAAGAUUAUUUGUGAUGUUGAUGAGAAGGAUAUCGCAGAACAUCUUAGGAUAAGGUUGAAGAAAGAACAAGAGGAGAAGGAAAACAAGAGAAGAUAUAAAGCACAGGCUCAUCUAUAUACUAUUAUUAAGGUUGCUCGCGAUGCAAACCUUCUAGAACAGAUAGGGAAGGAUAUAUAUUUUGAUCUUGUUGACCACGACAAAGUUCAUAGCUUUCGUAUACAAAAACAAACACCAUUUAACCAAUUCAAGGAAGAGGUUGCUAAAGAAUUUGGUGUGCCUGUUCAAUUUCAACGGUUCUGGAUAUGGGCAAAGAGGCAGAACCACACGUACCGUCCCAAUCGGCCUUUAACAGCUUUGGAGGAAACCCAAUCGGUUGGUCAAUUGAGGGAAGUUUCCAGUAAGAAUCAGAAUGCUGAACUCAAAUUGUUCUUGGAGAUCGAGAUUGGACCCGAUUUGCAUCCUAUUCCACCACCUGACAAAAGCAAAGAAGAUAUACUUCUCUUCUUCAAGCUUUAUGAUCCUGAGAAGGAAGAACUCCGAUACGUUGGUAGAUUUUUUGUCAAGAGUUCUAGUAAACCAACUGAGAUUAUCUUAAAACUAAAUGAGAGAGCUGGAUUUAGUCAAGAUGAAGAAAUUGAACUCUAUGAGGAAAUAAAAUUUGAGCCAUGUGUCAUGUGUGAACGCCUUGACAAAAGAACCUCAUUUAGAUCUAGCCAGAUCGAAGACGGAGACAUUAUUUGCUUUCAAAAACUACCUAAAGCUGAGGAGAAAUACCGAUAUCCCGACGUCCCUUCAUUUCUAGAAUAUGUGAAAAAUCGUCAGAUAGUUCAUUUUCGGUCUCUGGAUAGGCCCAAGGAAGAUGAUUUCUGUCUUGAACUGUCAAAAUUGCAUACGUAUGAUGAUGUGGUGGAGAGAGUUGCUCAGAAGCUUAAUCUGGAUGACCCGUCAAAAAUUAGACUUACUCCUCACAACUGUUAUUCUCAACAGCCCAAACCUCACCCCAUCAAGUACCGGGCUGCAGAACACCUGCUAGAUAUGCUGGUUCACUACAAUCAGGUUUCCGAUAUUCUGUAUUAUGAAGUGUUAGACAUCCCUCUGCCUGAAUUACAAUGUUUGAAAACUUUGAAAGUUGCUUUUCACCCUGUAAACAAGGAAGAGCCUGUAAUACACAAUAUAAGGCUGCCUAAACUAAGUACUGUUGGAGAUGUUCUAGAUGAAAUUAAGUCAAAGGUUACAUUAUCUCAUGAAAAUGCUGAACUUAGACUUCUUGAAGUAUUUUAUCAUAAGAUUUACAAGAUCUUUCCUCUGACUGAGAAGAUUGAGAAUAUAAAUGAUCAAUACUGGACGUUACGUGCUGAGGAAAUUCCGGAAGAAGAGAAGAACCUCGGGCCGCAGGAUCGUUUGAUUCACGUUUACCAUUUUACCAAAGAGGCUGCACAGAACCAGAUGCAAGUUCAGAACUUCGGGGAGCCUUUCUUUCUGAUAAUUCAUGAAAAUGAAACUUUAGCAGAUGUUAAAGUGCGAAUCCAAAAGAAAUUAGAAGUUCCCGAUGAGGAGUUUUCUAAGUGGAAGUUUGCCUUUUUAUCUUUGGGCCGUCCCGAGUAUUUACAAGAUUCGGAUGUUGUAUCCAACCGUUUUCAGAGAAGAGACGUGUAUGGUGCUUGGGAGCAAUAUCUCGGGUUGGAACAUUCAGACACAACACCUAAACGGUCCUUUACAGCUAAUCAGAAUCGUCACUCAUUUGAGAAGCCAGUGAAAAUAUACAACUAGAACAGCAGUGUGAGUGUAAAGCAUUUGAUAAUCGAUGCGGCGAUGUGUUUUUUUAUUUGUUCUUCUAAAGAAUAUUUUAUGUUGACCGAGGUGGGGAGUUUAGUGUUGAUAGAAAAGUGUGGUUAUCUAAUAUUCUAAUGUGUAAUUUAGUAGUAAAAGGUACAUAGGAAGGAAGAAGAUUUUGUCAAAAAGGUACAAGCAGCAGCUAUUGUUAUAAGGUGGGUGUUUAAAUUAGUCAUUCCUUUUCUUUGGGAUGUGUAAAAUGUUUUUUGUGUAAAAAGUUACCUUUCUAGUGCUCUCUUUACAACAUUUA